GUGCUCAUCCGCAUUUGUAAACACCUGAACUCACAAGAUGAGUGAUGCUGUUGUACGGAAAAAAAAGAAAUAUAAUGUACGUAACUCAUUUAAGUUUCAAAGUAUUUUGGGUGGGUCCAAAGAGCACUGUUGUGUGCCACUUUGCUCGGCUUCAGGUCGUUAUAAUAGCCAUUUGAGCUUCCACCGCUUCCCGAAAGACAGUGGUCUCCGUGCACGAUGGAUCCACCAAAUAAGGAGGGUGGAAUUUUCGGUGACCCCCCACACUAAGGUCUGCAGCCGACAUUUCCAAGACCAUGAAAUCCUCACUACAGCUAAGUGUAGACGGGUUUUAGCAGCAGGUUCUGUUCCUUCCUUAUUUGAGUGGAAUAAUUAUGCGAAGAAGUUACGGGCCGGUGUUUGGGAGCGCCGAUCUCUACCAACAAGUCCGGAACCUGACCCGGUGGAGCCAGAAGAGGACAUCGAGCAACCCGUCAUGGUCGUUAGAAUGGAGGACAAAUCCAGCCUGCUGCUCUCCUUCCAAACUAAACCCAAACAAGAGUCAAUGGAUGCUGAUUGUGACAGUGUAGCUCAGUGUUCAUUGGUGGAUUCAGAGAUGACAUCAGUGAAGCAGGAAGACUGCAGUCAAAUGCUAGGACUGAAUUUUAAAAUUAAAGAUGAAGAGAAGACGAUUGGGCAUGUCAUUAAAAAGGAAGAGGGGGAUUUAUUCAAGGAGAUGGAGGACAAACCCAGCCUGCUGCUGUCCUUCCACACUGAGAUCAAACAAGAGUCACUGGAUUCUGAUUGUGACAGUAAAGCUCAGUGUUCAUUGGUGGAUUCAGAGAUGACAUCAGUGAAGCAGGAAGACAAAAGUCAAAUACUGGGACUGAAUGUUAUCAUUAAAGAUGAAGAGGAGAAGAAGAUUGAGAUCAACAGUCUAACACUAGGACUGAAUAAUAUUAAAGAAGAGGAGAUUGGGGAUUUAACUAAUCAAGAUGAGAUUGCUGCUAAAGUGGAGACAUUUCCUGCAACUGGAGAGAAACAAAAGGAAGAUUACAACAAUAAGAAGCUGCACUCCUGUUCUGACUGUGGGAAGAGUUUCUCUCUGUCAGGUCACCUUAAAGCUCAUCAGCUCAUACAUACAGGAGAGAAGCCUUUCUCCUGUUCUUACUGUGGGAAGGGUUUCUCUCAGUCUGGUAACCUUAAAAUUCAUCAGCUCAUACAUACAGGAGAGAGGCCUUACACCUGUUCUGACUGUGGGAAGAGUUUCUCUCAGUUAGCCAGCCUUAAAUCUCAUCGGCAUUUACAUACUGGAGAGAAGCCUUAUUCCUGUUCUGACUGUGAGAAGAGUUUCUCUAAUUCAAAAACCUUAAAAAAUCACCAGGUCAUACAUACAGGAGAGAAGCCAUAUUCCUGUUCUGAUUGUGGGAAGUGUUUCUUUCAGUCAGUUCACCUUAAAAUACAUCAACGUAUACAUACUGGAGAGAAGCCGUACUCCUGUUCUAAAUGUGGGAAGAGUUUCUCUCAGUUAAGCGGCCUAAAAGUUCAUCAGCAUAUACAUUCUGAAAAGAAGCCUUAUUCCUGUUCUGUGUGUGAGAAGAGUUUCUCUUACCCAAAAACUCUUAAAAAUCACCAGCUCAUACAUACUGGAGAGAAGCCUUACUCCUGUUCAAACUGUGGGAAGAGUUUCUCUCAGUUAGGCAUCCUUAAAACUCAUUUUCGUAUACAUACUGGAGAGAAGCCAUACUCCUGUUCUGACUGUGGGAAGUGUUUCUCUCAUCUAUGGCACCUUAAAAUUCACCAGCGCAUACAUACUGGAGAGAGGCCUUACUCCUGUUCUGAUUGUGGGAAGAGUUUCUAUAUGUCCGGUCACCUUAAAUCUCAUCAGCGCGUUCAUACUGAAGCGAAGACUUACUCCUGUUCUGAUUGUGGGAAGAGUUUCUGUCUGCCAGGUCACCUUAAAUCCCAUCAGCGCGUACAUACUGGAAAGAAGCCUUACUCCUGUUCUGACUGUGGGAAGGGUUUUUCUCAACAAGGUAUCCUGAAAGAUCACCAGUGCAUACAUAGUGGAUAGAAGCCUUAAGGGUAUAAGACACCUUCCAAAGGCCACCCACCCAGCAACCCAUUCAUUUGAACUGGAUAUGUAGCGUCAACCAGGGAUUUGUGUAGCAGGAGGCUGAGCUGCACAAUUCCGACAUGGGAAGCCGUUAACUAUUGCGUCAAGAUCAUUAUUACCCUCCUAUAAUUAAUCACCAUGGUUACAGUUGGGUUUUCCUGGAAUCUCUUGUUGAACAACCAAAGUUUGAUCCCAGAUCACCUUGCACCAUUUCCCGGCAAACAAAUGUUCAAUCCCAAAUCAGGGUUUUUCCUUCAUUCAAAACUCAAUGGCGACUACUUUCCACAAAUCUCGACACCGCCUCCGUGUCGGCAUAGUAAAACACGAUAUGGCACUCACACAUAAAAUACCAUUGAAACUCUGCAGCAAAAGUCUGUUUUUUACACCCAAGCACAUACAUUUUUUAAAUUAAACUUUUAUAACACCUUAACUACAUCCCAUCUGCAGAACAUUUUACAUUUCUGAUUCCUUCUAGUAGCCGAUAAUUAGAAAUUUCUUUUAAAGAGAGUUUGUGAGACAAAGAAAGAUGAGUGCAUAACAGGUUAGGGUGUGUGCUGUCAGGAAAACACUGCUCAACAAAUGUAAGGCAACACUUAUCACAUGUCGGGUCUCGAUGAACAAAAUUUAGUAAAGAUCAAAAUCUUUACUGUACAUUGUGUAAU